GCGGCGGCGGCGGCGGCGGCAGCGGUGGCGGCUGCUCGUCCUAGCCUGGCGGGGGCGGGGGUCUGGAGGAUGGGGGCGGGUGGAACAACGGGCCGGUGAGGAGCAGCCGCCGCCGUCUCCGCCGUCGCUUCGGCAGCCGCCGCGGUGAUCGCUUCGGGCAGCCGCUCGCUCUCGGGCCGUCGCCUCCCAUCCCGACAUCCCGCCCGGGGGGGAGGCUGAGGCCGAAGCGCGGCCGGCGGCGGGGGGACGGUCCUGCCCCGCAGCGGUGCGGGCGGCCGCAGUGACAGCCCGGCCCCAGCCUGCCGCCCGCCCUCGCCCUCGCCCUCGGUGCCCGCAGCCGCGAUGAACCGGGGCGGCAGCAGCCCGUCGGCAGCCGCCAACUACCUGCUCUGUACCAACUGCCGGAAAGUGCUGCGGAAGCAGGAUAAAAGAAUCAGAGUAUCUCAACCCUUGACAAGAGGACCAAGUGCCUUUAUUCCAGAGAAGGAAGUUGUCCAAGCAAACACAGUGGAUGAACGUACUAACUUUCUUGUGGAAGAAUACUCUACAUCCGGUCGCCUGGACAACAUCACCCAGGUCAUGAGUCUGCACACGCAGUAUCUGGAGUCCUUCCUGAGGAGCCAGUUCUACAUGCUGCGCAUGGACGGCCCCCUUCCUCUACCGCACCGGCACUACAUCGCCAUCAUGGCUGCAGCUAGACAUCAGUGUUCUUACUUAAUAAACAUGCAUGUGGAUGAAUUUUUAAAGACAGGUGGUAUUGCUGAGUGGUUGAAUGGUUUGGAAUAUGUACCACAAAGACUGAAAAAUCUUAAUGAAAUAAAUAAGCUGUUAGCACACCGACCCUGGCUGAUCACAAAAGAGCACAUUCAGAAACUUGUCAAAACUGGAGAAAAUAAUUGGUCUUUGCCUGAACUGGUACAUGCUGUGGUCCUACUGGCACAUUAUCAUGCUUUGGCAAGCUUUGUUUUUGGUAGUGGCAUCAAUCCAGAAAGAGAUCCAGACAUUUCCAACGGAUUCAGGCUAAUAUCUGUCAACAAUUUCUGUGUGUGUGAUCUCGCUAAUGACAACAACAUAGAGAAUGCAUCCCUUACUGGCAGCAACUUUGGGAUUGUUGAUUCUCUAAGUGAGCUAGAGGCCUUAAUGGAAAGAAUGAAAAGGCUUCAAGAAGAAAGGGAAGAUGAAGAGGCAUCUCAGGAAGAAAUGACCACUCGCUUCGAGAAGGAAAAGAAAGAAAGUCUUUUUGUGGUCUCUGGAGAUACUUUUCAUUCAUUUCCUCAUUCAGAUUUUGAGGAUGACAUGAUUAUAACAUCUGAUGUCUCCCGAUAUAUCGAAGACCCUGGUUUUGGGUAUGAAGACUUUGCCAGACGAGGAGAGGAGCAUUUGCCAACAUUCCGAGCUCAGGACUAUACCUGGGAAAAUCAUGGGUUCUCCCUGGUGAACAGACUUUAUUCUGACAUUGGACAUCUUCUUGACGAGAAGUUCCGCAUGGUCUACAAUCUCACCUAUAACACUAUGGCCACCCAUGAGGAUGUUGACACAGCCAUGCUGCACAGAGCUUUAUUUAACUACGUUCACUGUAUGUUUGGAAUCAGGUAUGAUGACUAUGAUUAUGGAGAAGUUAAUCAAUUACUUGAACGAAGCCUGAAGGUUUACAUUAAGACAGUGACCUGCUACCCUGAGAGGACUACCAAGCGCAUGUAUGAUAGUUACUGGCGUCAGUUCAAACACUCAGAAAAGGUUCAUGUGAAUUUACUUCUAAUGGAAGCACGGAUGCAAGCUGAGCUCCUCUAUGCUCUUCGUGCCAUAACUCGGCAUUUGACCUGAAGCAUCACCCAGGGAAGAUGUCACAUAUGUGUAAAGACCUUUCCACAUAGGAUAUACAUCAGAAGCUGUUUGUGAUGUAGCAUCAAACAUUAUUCAAUUCUCUAGUGUCAAAGUUUUAGCCGUUUUUUGGGGGGCGGCUGUAAUGUGCAAUGAUGUAUUUUCUCUUUCUUGAUGCUUAACGUGACUAACCAUUGCAAAAAUAAUACUGAGGAGCACUACUUGGCAUUGUUUAUAGUUGGAUUUUUGGAUACUGAUCAUAAAUCAUGAACCUGGUUUGUUAACGCUUAACUUCAGUGCUUUGGGGUUUGUGUGUAUGUGUAUUUUUGUUCUUUCCUUUUUUUUUUUUUUUUUUUAAAAAGGAAAAGCGCUUACAAUCUGCUUGAGCAAUUGUUUUUCAGAUAUUGGAACUCAGCAAUGAAUGACCUCCUCUGGCCAUUCUAGAAUUUUAACGUUGUGUCCUAAAUCUGGUGGAGGAGAAGCACGCGCUGUUGAACUAAGCUGCUCACAGGACACUCGUCUGUGUCCCCAGGAGAUUAUUUGUCAGGCACUGUUUAUGUUUUUUUGUUUAUUUGUUUUUGUUUUUUUCUUUUUUACUGCUAUUGGCGAUAACAUGAAAUGUGAUACAGCCAUUGUCCAUAAUUUAAUGUGAAAUUGAUCAUGAUGAAUUCUAUAGCAUGCUACUGAAAUGCCAAAUUCAGCUAGUUUCAUUCUCUUCUGAAACAGAAGUUUGCGUUCUCCAUAUCAGAUAGACACAUGAAAAGUGGACUUAUGCACAAUCCUUUCCAUCACUGACAGUGAUCCUCAGUCAUCAGAAGUAAUCAGUGCUCACACAGCUGCUUAUAUAGUUCAUGUAGUUGGCACAUAUAAACAUGUACCCACACAAGACUGACCAAAAAUUUUCUUUGCACAUUUUUCUUUUCUCAUAGUGUUUUCUAUAUUGCAGUAAGCAGAGGAAGGUUAAUAUACCUAUAUUUUUUUUCCUGUUAGGCUUUUAGAACUUAUUUUCCAUGGUUUUUCUUGUGAUAGGCUAAACAGUUUAUUAUUCGAAGGUAAACAUUGUGUUUCUAUGCAUUAAUGUCAUUGAACAACAACAACAAAAGAGUGCAAUAUGUUAAAGAAAAAUACUCAACGAACUCGCCCCCUGUUAUGUCACUGCAGAAGUGUCCUUUUAACACAGAGCAGGAAAGAAAUUGGUUCAGAUUUCUUUAUCGCACAAGGCUUCUGCCUUCCUGGGGUCGAACAGUGUUCCUUUCACAAUGCCAAAGCAUCCCCUUCCCCAGGAAAAUCUCUUUGGACAACUGGUUAAAAAAAGAUCUCAAGUCUUAAGGGAGGAAAAAGCAUCCCCAGAGUCACACUUUUGCAUUGGUUUAUGUCGCUUGAUUAGACUAUCUUUACAGAGCACAACAUUAUGUGUUUAUAGCUUUAAUUUGUAUUAUGUUAAUGAACCAGUGAAGUGCCUAAAGAGAUGCUUACAGCUAUCCAGUAGGACACGACUGCACUGCUUAAACACUUUUUGGUUAACUAAGGGUGACUUGAAUUUUACACAAACAUGCUAAUUUUUUAAAACAGAUCCAUUUUUUCAUAGUGAAUAAGAGAGUUAAAAUUUUCCAUUAGCGUUCCCACAAAGACUUCAUUUUAGACUGACUGACUUGUUAUCUAGGACUUACUUUUUUUCUCUCAUGAAAGAAUUGUGGACUCGUUUUCUGUUCAGUCAUUUUCCCCUUCCGUUUAUCAUCCUUUUCUGGUACAAUCCAUUAGGCUGCUUUCUUUUAGGCUUUGUUCUAGAUAAGAAGAUAGAAAGGUGACUGUAAACCUAUGAAUAUAAGAUAGUUCUGCAUAUUUAGAUUCCAAGAUUUUGUUCGAAAUCUUCCAUGUGAGGAAAAAAAUCGCUAAUAUUUUUUAAGACAGGGUGGUUUAUUUAAAGAGAUUAUUCAAAGAACUUGUGCCAGAUCUAGUCUGUUUUGUCUACUGCAUAUACCAUAUGUUGAUUUUACUACAUAUCACAUUGUAUAGAUGUGUAUUAACUACAAAGAAAGUAUUUAGGAGAAUGGCAAAUCAUGAAUGACAACAUGCAUGUCCAUUUGACUUCCCUAAUUUUAAAACUUUCAAGUUGAGGCUAUCCUUUGCUCUUGACAUUUUUUUCCUUUUUAUUAGAAUUCUUUCAGUUACUAUCCCCAUGUUUUUGUGCAGGUGACCUGUAUUACAGGAUGAAAAAUGAUUUUUAUAUAUUGAAAAGGAGGAGAAGUUCUCACAGAACAUCAUAUGAGCUUUAGACCAAAAUGGGAACCAAGGUUUAAGUAACUAAAAUGGCCACUUAGUUUUUGUUUUUGUGUUUUUCUCCCCCAGAAAUGUAAGUAGUUGGAGUUUGGGUUAUGGAAAUAUUAGUGCCUUUACUAGAUCUCUUUCCUAGCAAGGUUUCUUUUUAGCUCAGCAUCGAUCUGUCUCAUACUAAUCAGGAAAAUCAGUUGACUUGGAACUAUAAUCAAAAGCAAAACAAUAUAUUUAUAAACCUCACUGAAUCAGCCUAGAAAAAUUGACUUUGAAGGUGCCAAUGCACCUGCCAAGAUGCAGCACGCACAGCCUUCCAGGUUGUAAAAUCCAUUGUACAGUGAGUGUGCUGUGAACUUCAGCUAAUGCAAACUUGAAAUUCUGAUGCGGUUUUCCAGGGUGGUAUUUUUUCAGAGUAUUGAAUUUACUAUGUAGUAAUUUAUAGUAUAGCUUUUUAUAUUAAAAUGUGAUAUUUUUAAAAGAGAUAUCUGGUUCAAUUGGUGUAAUGAUGUGACUAUACGAUCUGCUAACCUACCCCUUGGGCUCACAUUGUGCCAAACUGAAAUGUGCAGGUGUACGUGAAAAAAAGCACAUGUGAAUGUGAAGUCUCUAACUCCGUUGCUUGUUAUUUUCAAAUUAGUCUAAUAAUCCACUGAUGUAUAUGCUUAAAGGAUAUCCAUUUCCUUUUGAAUUUCAAGUUUUCCCACUUCAGUUAUAAUUCUCAAUUUGUCAGAUCACCUUAAGAAAAUCCAAAUACUCUCCUCUCUGAAAGUAAAUCUUGAACCCAAACCCUUGACUGCGGGAGGGGCCAGGCAGGUGCCUCCUUGGAGCCUUCAGAUUAGGCUUCCUCAGAUGGACUUGUGAUCAUUAGAGGCAAACAGGCUUUUGAGAUGGGACAACUUAUUAUUUCUUCCCCUUUUUGAACUAAGGAUACUGUCUCAAUCUCAGGAAGAAUCUUUGUCCCAUUUGGGGUACUUUUUAAAUAAAGAGUGGCUAUUGUGGAAUCUGGGGCAUGGCCUUGGCCUGUAAUUAUGAUUUUAAACCCAAAUAAUAAUGACAGAACAACCGAGGACUGUCUUAGAACAGAACAUUCAAUGUCAGCUUUAUAUCAAAAUUGUAUUUGAACCAGAGCCCCUACUUUAAUUGUGUUAUAAAGUCCCUUAUAAAUUUUAAAUGCUUCUAAAAACUAGUUAACAUUAUUCCUGAGCAACUUUUUCCCCCACAUUAUAGAGUUUUUAAAUCCAAAAUCUUAUAUUUUUAUGCCGCAGGAAAAUGAAAUUAUCAGCCAACAAUUAAAGAUCUGUACUUAAAAAUGGUUCACCACUUUAGUGCAGAGUGCAUGCUUAUGGUGGUGAGAUUCUUUUAAACUCUAAGGACAAUUCAUCAGGGAAAAAAAUAAAUUUCAGUGCAUGUUAUAAAAAUGAUUUGCACUGUGCUAGUAAAAUGAGGUUUUCAUUUUAUGUUGUGUUUUAAAAACAAUUCUAAAUCAUUCCUCUGGAAAGCAAGACCUUAAACUCUUCUCUUUAUCUAUGGGGACUUUUUCUUCUUUUAUGCAAAUAGAUGGUCUUGCAAGGAGUGAAAAUUAUGCAACAAUAACGUUAUAUAAAUAGUAUAUGAAAUUUGCUAAUAGUAUAAUUCAACAGCAAACUGAAAGGUUUGUGGCUCCUCUAUUCAGAUCAAGUUUUAAGUUACCUGAUUUCAUAGUCAGAACCUAUUCUAGGUGGCCAUCAUCAUCAACUGUUUCCCGAUUAUAUCCCUCUGGAGACUGAGAAUCAAAUGAAAUAAUCUUUCCUUAAAACAGUACUGUAACAUGAAUGUAUUCCUCUCAGUCAACAGAACUUCAGUGCCGCCUGUAUGUGGAGCUUGCUUCCAUGCUAAUUUGGCUUCAUUAGUAGUGUCCGCUCAGGUGAGACCUAGAAAAAAAAUUAGCUGGGGUGAAGUGGAUCAUAGAGGUAGAGGUACCUGUCAAGGCAGAGCCCUGUGAGGAAGGAAAAGUCCUUCAAAGAACACAUGGACCAUAACUCUAAGAGCAUGGCUGCCCUCAGCAUCACACACCUAAUCUAAAGGAGCACUUCCUGUUGCGGGAGCUCCUGCCUACGUUCAGCGCCCCCUUUCCUGCCUGCUUUCUCUUCCUUCAAGUGCCUCGACCUCUACCAAGCUCACUCUCCUCCCCUCCCCUCAGCCCAUCUUGGUCUGAACGCCUUUUCACAAUCCAAACCAAACCUCACCAGCCACCUGCUGAUCGUCACCAGCAUUUACUUUUCCCAGUUACUUUUUCUCCAUCCAUGAAGAAUACGACUUGUCCCAACUCCCACGAUAUCCCUGAACCUAGCUAUAUUUUGACUAACCUUUGCCCUAGACACCCUAACAGAUCUUACGCAGCACCACAUGUAAUCUCGUCCAUCCCAUACUAUUCUACCCUUUCCCAGCUGCCAAAAUAUCUUGCUCUCCUCUACCUCAUCCCCAAAGAGCCUAUAAACUCAGAGUAUCCAACCUUUUCAUGGAUUUACUCUCUGUUGUUCAGUAAUACUACUUCCAUAUUUUAAAUAAAUCAUAGAAGAUUUUUGCCUUCUAUCAAAGUAGGAAUCUUUAUAUUUAUACAUGAUACGGAAAUUGAACUAUUUCUACCAUGCAUAAUUUAGCAUUUAGCAGGAUUUUGAAGUGAAUGAAUUGCCAUCUUAACCUGGAUCUAUAUUUGGUAAUAAAUACCUGCGUUAGUCCAAGUUAUUUGAAUGUAAAGUGAAAAUUCUCCAGCAAUCCAGAUUGAUUUGUAACCUAUCAGUGGAACAGGAGGUUUCUGGCAUACAAAUGGGUGAUGUUCCAGACAUUUGUUUUAUUGGUGUCAUUUGGGCCUUGAAACACAUUUCCAAUAGAAGGACAUAUGAUAAAGGAUGUUUAGGUGGUCCUAUUGGAUCAUAAAAAAACCAUUUGAUUUAUAAUAUAGAUAAAAUACCACAAAAUUGGCUACGUGAGGGUUUGAUCAAGCUUCCCUAGGUUAGACUAAGCUUCUAACCCCUAUUCCUACCCUGUUCUCACUGGGGAAAAUGAGCUAUGGGAUGAGAAGGAAAUGCACUGCCUUCGCAGUCCUUAUAACCAUGGCUGCAUUUCCAGUAUAUCCAGACAGUAUCAUUAAGGACGAGGAAAUGCACAGAAGAGGAAGAAGCAGCAGUUCUUCCUCUCUAGCCAGUGCCUACUCAGUGUGGUCAAUAGAUGAACACUGUCAGGUUUCUAACCUGGGGCGUGUUUAUCUAUAGAUGGUUGUCUGACCUGAAGACAAACCCCACCCUGUUUGAAAGUACAGAUUAUUAUGACCUACAGUGGUAUUUGGAUGGCCUUCCACGUCCCUUCAUGAACAACCCCACCUGAUAAUAGAGUCUAGUAAAUACCUUUUAGGGCCCAGAAAUGAAUAGAUGCCUAGUUAAGAAAUGAGACUUGAAUAAUGGAGACUGAAGGGAUGGUUUUUAUUAAAUCAUAUGUCAGUAAGUGUUCUUUCUAGCUUUAUAUUUAAUUAUGACUGCACCACCAUGAAAUGAAGUCCAGAGUUGAAAAAGAAGGACUAUGGGGGUGGGGGGGGGGGUGAAUAUCUGAUUCUUUUCAGUGCUUGUGGAAAUCUGAAAUAAUGAAAUGCCUACUAUAAAAUAGCCAUUAGAACAAACACCCCAUUUUACAGCUCGUAGGACAACAUCAAACGUUAGUAAGUCUAAAUAUGAUAAAUGUAAGUUUUGGUAUAGAGGUUCGCUAAAACAGUCUAUUUUCUUGCACCCCUCAGUUUAACCUCUUAAAAACGAAUGUAUAAUUUUAACAGAAAGAAUAUGAAAAGGAGGGAGACUCUCUAGUCUUUAAUGCUAAAUAGUGUUUAUGAAUUCUGAUUAGCUUAAGUGUAUGCAUCAUGACACUGAGUGAAACUGAUUAUACAUCUCUUUCUUAAGUUAAUCAGUCUUUACAAAUUGUCAACUGACUCCCAAAUCUCAUAAGGAAGGAUCAAAAAAUAGGAUAAAGAAAAAUGCAUUAGUCGGGUAGCCAAGAAAUUUCCUUUGUAAUGUUGACAGUAUUUUUCUCCUUUCUGAAUUUCACUGGUUCUCUGAAAUAAAGGGUAAGCGUUAAAUGGUACCCUUGUUCAUCAAGGAAAGAAAGUCAUCCCAACUCUAUAUCUAGUCCAGAUAUUUCCUUUACAUCCAUAUAUCUUCCCUGGAGAGAAAAUACAAUUUUUCCCUUCCUCUUUCUCUUCACAUUUACUCUUUUCAAUCUGAUAAGAUAGAUACAGAGAGCAAACCACAAGCCACUUUGGCAUCUUCUCCAUGCUAAUAGAAUACUCACAGGCACAUGCACAGUUGGAGCAAGGUUACAAAGAACCCUGUCAGGUCAACUUGGAACAUGGCCUUGCUACUUGGAUUAGCUCCUUCAAACCUGAAAGUAACUUUCCUGGUCAUGGAAGAACUGGAUGUAUCCUUUAGCUUAUGAAAUAGGAUUUGAACUUGAAAUCUCUUUUUUUUUAAAAACCUGAUUUUGCAGGGCAGCUACAUCAUGAAUGUAUAUAUUAAGACUUUGUAGCUGAAUUGCACACGAAAUCAGAUUGCCAACUUCUUAUCUUUCAAUUUUAGACAUCAUUUUAUUCUUAAGUUGUGAGUGAUAUAUGUAGCAUGCUGUGAAACGUCUGUUAUAGUUCUUUAAUUCAUCAGUAUUAAUACAGAAUUAUCUUUUGCGUUCCUUGGUACUUUUUAUUCCAUGUAAUCAGAAGCUGUGAUGUUUUGCCUUUGUAGUCCUGUGCUUUGUUACUGUAAUUUUUUUUUACGAAGCACGUGACUUUGGACUAAUGUGAGGCGGAUGACAUGAUCUUUAAGACUGCUAUAUAUCUAUCAGUCUCUUACUAUAUAAGGUUUUCAAUUAGAAUAAGCGUUUAUCAAAUAGAUCAUUGAUGCAAUUUAGGAUUCACACAAUCUUCAGUGUCAAAUGGUGGUCUUACAUUUAUAGUUUCAAUUCUGAAAAUAGCAAACUUGAUAAACAGCCAUUUUAAACUUGUUCUGGCAAAUCAGACCCUGCUGUAGACGUAGUCUAAGUUAGUUAACCAUAUAAGCUUUUUCAACUAUUAUGCCCUCUACAUAAGUCAGCAGUUAAGGAGAUUAUAGAACCCAUGAAAGCUUUUUGUAUGUAUAACUAGGUUUUAUUUUUCUUAUGUUGCUGAUUUUACAAUUCUGACUAAAGCUGACCUGAAUGGAUCAGUUUAUGUGUAAUAUUCUAGUGCUUUAAUGCCUCUUUUUUUUUUUUUUUUUGGAGGGAUGGGUAAUAUUAUUUGAACAGAUGCAGAAGGAACUGUUGGUGAGUCAAGGCAAACACAUUUGAAAUAAAGGAACUGUGUAUUAACAUGUUAACAAUUCAUAACUGCACUUUUUAUGACAUUUUGAAAAUCUAUUUAUAGGUACAGAACAAUGGGUUUUGUUAAACUGUAUCACAUUUAUACUUGCAGAAAUUUAUUUCAUUGUUAUUAGUAGGAAUUUUAUUGGUUCAAUAAAAUUGGCAAA